UGUGCGUGUGUGGCACGUGCAGCGUCAGUGAGGGCGACAGGAGUUGAUUCUGCUGUUUCCUCCGCCGCCGCUCAGCUCCGACAUCAUCUUCAUCAUCAUACAUGUUGUAUGUGCACAGCUGACCGACUUCCUGUCCUCACAGUGAGUCCUCUUCAUCAUCAGGAUCAGCUUCACCCGACCAUCAUCGAUCCAGUCUCGCUGUGGACUGAUCGAUCCUCGCCUCGGUGACCGAACAGAAGAGAACUGGUGUUUUAAACCUCAGUGUGUUCACAGCUGAGGGACUGACACCUGAGCUGCUGGAUCAAACUGAUUAUUGAUCGAUCAUCGGUGAUUGAUUAGCUGAAGAAGAUGAAGUGUGUUCACAGCUGAGGGACUAACACCUGAGCUGCUGGAUCAAACUGUGGAUUUUUAUCUUCAGAUCACCUGCAGCACCGUUCCUGCUGACGUCAUCAGGUGUCGUGCUCCUCCGUGACGAUCAUGUGUGAAGUCCACCGGCUGUAACGGCAGGUUGUCGGUGUGGCAGUGAGGGACGGCGGCCUGGAGGGGGCGAUGGCCGCCGCCUACAACAGCCGGGACAUCGUGGAGGAUUACCUCCGCUACAAGCUGCUCAGCACCGGCGUGUCCUGGCGCGACCCGCCGCCGGCCCGGACGGGCGGUCAGCGCAGACACCACGCUGUUGCGGCGCCUCCAUCUUUGUCAGGGAGAUCUGAGGGGGCGAUGACGUCACACCAAGAUCCCUGCUUGGCGCCGCCCCGGCUGCAGGCCGUCUUGAGGUGGGCAGGAGAUGAGCUUGAGCGCCGUUACCGUGGCGACCUGUCGGCCCAGGUGUCGGCACUGCUGCUGUGCGACGGCGGUGGGUCGGCGCGUCGGCGAGGCCUGGCGGCAGUCAGGGAUGAACUGUUCAAGGAUGGGGUGAACUGGGGACGUAUCGUGGCCAUGAUGGAGCUGGGUGGGGCUCUGUGCAAAGAGGUGGUCAAGACGGGCGAGGCGCGGCAGGUGGACGACAUUGCCGGGUGGAUGGAGGAGAGUCUGGACUCACCGCCGCUCCGGAGAUGGAUAGACGACCACGGAGGAUGGGAUGCCUUUGUGGAGUUGUACGGUGAGUCCAGACCUCCAGUGAGCUCCUGGUCUCUGAGGACAGUGGUGGGACUGGCUGUACUGGGAGCAGUUGGGGUCACACUGGGAGCCCUGUUUGCCCAGAGAUGAAGCCAGUCUGAUCCAGUCCAGAUCAGAGUGUUGGAGCUGCAGUUCCUCUGUCGUCCACCAGGUGCUGCUGUGAUCAAACUCAGACUGUGUUGAAGUGAACAGAAAACACUGCUGAGCUUCACUGUCACAAAGACAGAGGAUUUUCAAAAUAAAAGUUCCAUUCAGGAAAUGUUUGGCUUCACAGUCAGCGCUCGCUCAUUUCCCGUCAGCUGAUGGAGUGAGGUCACAAGUCAAAGACACGACGAUUAUAAUGACUACAUGUCAUAGCUCCUGUUGACGGGGUGUGCCACAGUAACGGCUGUUGUUUACCUUAAAGUUUCAAAACAACAGCAUUCAGUCUGUCAGUGAUGAGGACAAAGACACCGUCAGCUGUGGACAACCUUCAUCACCUCUUCAUCCGUGUAAAUCAGACCGAGCAGGAGCUGUUCCUCUCUUCUGAUAGGCUAACAGUUUCCAUCUACUUCCAGUCUUUGUGCUAAGCUAGGCUAAACGUGCCAGGAAAUGAUGAAACAAAGCUUUAGAGGAGGAUCCACGACGACUCAGGACUGAAGACACAUCAGCAGCUUUUCCUUCCUGCUGUUUCCACUGACGGCUUUGACCCCGUAAAACCUGAGCUCCUGCGGCGGCUGCCAGGAGUGCACGGCCCCGUUUACAUCGAUCUAAAAUAACACCCAUAAGAAGAAGAAGGUCUUUCAGCAGCAGAAUACUGACGGCUGCUGGAAACUGUCGGGAAGCUGUAGUUUUUUUGUUUUUUUUUGCAAUAGCCAACUAAAAAGCGUUUGUAACAGAAUUACUGCAGCCUGUUAAAACCAUGGUACAGUAAUAUGUAGACACACAGGCUGCGCAGUGUCAGGUCACAUCACACCAGAAGGUGAGCUGCUGAUGUCACUAACAGGCCGACACACAGCUCGUCCUCAUUUAUUUUGUUCACUCACAGAACAGCCAUAAACAUGAGAUUGACUUCAUCUGCAGGGACAGAUGAGCAGACACAAUAUGACAGCAGUUAUGAGGAUUGUAAUCCUUACUUCAUCGUUUCCAUGGCAACUAGGGCUCUGGCUAUCGAUUCUUUUAGUGUUCUAUCAUUUAUUGUGGCAAUUAAUCAGAUAAGAGAUACUGCGUGAUCUCAUGACAUGACUUUAGCUUUAUUAAAGAACAAGAGUCAUUUAUAACAGAGACAAUAAAAGUCUCUGAAAUGAGCAACACGUUUGUUUCUCUUCUUGAAAGUCAGAGCAGUAAACUCUCACGCUGUCACAAAUAACCAGUGCUGGGCAGCAGCGUCACCACAAGUAGCGACGUUACGAAUGUCACAGCAUUCUCAGGAGCGUGGUGGUGACAUCACUAAAGCCUGAGUCAAACAGGCAUGUAGGCGAUAGAGCUGCCACCCGUCCCGUAUAAUACAGGGUGGUCCCAUAUUGUCCCUGACUGAGUCAACACAGGACGCAGUUUGUCCCGUGUUUCUGUGCACACAGCACUCUGCUGCAGACACUGUGCUUCACAUGUUGGGAACAACAUGAGAAAUAUUAAACCAAGAGGAGACAGGUCUGUCACUCACAUGAUGAGAGGAACACAUAGUGAGCUUUUUAUAAUCAUGAAGGAAGAGCAGAGAACUUUUGAUGCAGUUUAUAGGGUCUCUUUGAUGUGACUGUAUGUUGACAUGACUGUAGCUGCACAGGCAGAGCAACACAAAGCCUCCGAGUGUCUGUAGAGAGUUUCCUCACAGGAACACAAACCAUGUGACUUCCACUCACCACUUUCACAAUAAAACUAAUCAGACUCCAGGUAACAGGAAGACUGUUCAGGUCACAACUUUCAAAAUAAAAGCACAGCCUCAGGCCUUUCCCAGAGCGGACCCUCCCCACUCUGUCUGUUUGAAGCUCUCGUCAUCACGGCGGAGGGAGUGACUCCAGCAGCGAGCUUCAGGACGAACUCUCUGCAGCAGGAACAGGAACUGUCACAACUUGUCACAGAGACACAUAAAACAUCUUCAUAUCACUGGAUGGAUCACUUCUGUUUGAUGUUGUUUACCUGAUUGUUUUUGUCAUCAAAAUAAGUAAUAAAUAAAUCUAUGA